UUUCUGUCAUGUGAACUUUCUGUUAAUCGGUUCGGUAAAUACGAAGCUUUUGAUUGGAUACAGCGUCUACUUAUUUUUUGCCAGUUAAGGCGCCAUGGCUAACGUGCCCAACCCUGAUAUCUUCAUGAAGUCCACCGACCUCAUUAGGAAAGAGCCGCUGGAUUACGGAGGUUUUGGUGAGGUGUACCUGUGCUAUCACAAAACCCUUGGCCAAGUGGUGUUGAAGACUGUUUACACUGGUCCCCCACGCAAUGACAGUAAGCAGUCUUUGCUGGAGGAGGGCUCCCUUAUGAGCAGGCUGAGCCAUGAGCGUGUGGUCAAAUUGCUAGGGGUGAUCCUGGAGGAUGGGGACUAUUCACUGGUCAUGGAGCUGAUUCCCAAAGGAAACCUGUUAACCAUGCUUAAGAGUGUACCUGUUCCAAUCUCAAUCAAAGGAAGGAUCAUUCUGGAGAUACUGGAGGGGAUGGUUUACCUAUCAGAGAAAAAUAUCAUCCAUAAGGAUUUAAAGCCAGAAAACAUCCUUGUCGAUGACAACUUUCACAUUAAGAUUGCAGACCUAGGUUUGGCCACCUGUCAAACAUGGAGCAAAUUGACGAAGGAUGAAUCUCGUAGAAUGAGUCGUUUGGGAAAGAAGAACUCUGUCCACACUGCAGGCACUCUGUGCUAUAUGGCUCCAGAGCACCUGAUCAGCAUACACCAUCCCUCCACUGAGAAGUCUGACGUUUACAGCUUUGGCAUCAUGGUGUGGGUCAUCCUGACAGACCAGGAACCAUACGAAAACGCUAUAAAUGAAGACCACAUCUGUCAGUGUGUGCGGCAAGGCGACCGCCCCGAUGAAAGGCUCAUUCCAGAGGACACACCUCAAGAGAUCAUCUCCCUGAUGAAGAGAUGCUGGGAUCAAGACCCUCAGAACAGACCAACAUUCAAAGAGAGCUACAAGACAUUUCGCAUCUUCUAUGAGGACAAGUUAGAAGGAGACGUUGAAAAAGACUCUGCUGGCUUGAAGAACUUAUACCAAGGCCCUGAUGAGUUGGUGGAGAAGAUUCAGUCCCUCACUGUGGAGCCUUUGAACUCUGGUUCAGGGCCGAGCACCGCCCCGCCUUGCCCUCGCUCUGCUGAUUCACCCACCCCUCUGCGGAGCUCAGAGGCCCCUGUGGAGGCCAGCGUGGAGGACCUCAGGUACCUGACCUGUGAGUCUUCCCUGCAGGUGGACGCAGCCCCUGUGACACCCGACACCCCUGUGAGCCCUGUCACCCCCAAUGGCCUGAAGCAGAAGCUGAACCAGGAACUGAAUUAUCACAUGUACGGCAGCUAUGGCCGCAUGGACCAGACCGAUUUCAGCAACUUCUCUGUCCCGGACAGCCCCCAGCCCUUUGCCCUUCCUCAGCAGGACCCGAGGCGGAACAUGGACCACCCCUGCCAAGUGUCAUCUGUACAGUCCUGGAUCAAACCUGAACCAGUCUCGAACGGCGCACAGGAGGACCUGCGUCUUCACUCGACGGGUUUGGAUGGCUGGCACAGGCCGGAGUUGCAGAGUCAGUUGUCUGGACCGUAUCCACGAAUGUAUCCUUCGUUUGAUCGGCAUCAGUCCUGGCCCCAGUUUCCGGUGCCAGAAUCAGCAGCAGAUCUGAGUGGGAUGCAGUACAACCUCACGAGCUUUCAGGAGCCAGGACGUUUAGUCAUCCAAAAUGCUCAUGGGAUUCAAAUUGGACACAACAACACCAUGAGUAUCCGUCACCCUGAAAGCAGCUUUGUCACCUCACAGUUUACUGGAUGUUCCAUCAUCGCCGACUAUAAAGAGCUGCUGGCGAAGUAUGGGGACCAUUCUGUGACCGAUGCUCACCUGGACCUUUUGCGGGAAAACAUUGGCAGUAAAUGGAAGCAGUGUGCCCGUAAUCUGGGCCUGACGGCAGUGGAGAUGGAGGCCAUCGAACAUGACUACGACCGUGAUGGCUUGCUGGAGAAGGUGCACCAGAUGCUGGAGAAAUGGAAGAUGAAGGAGGGAUGUGUGGGCUGCAGGGUCGGUCAGCUAUGCAAGGCUCUGGAGAACUGCAUUCAAGUAGACGUGCGAUACAAGCUUCUUCUCAUAUCCCGAAAUGCGGCAUCCACCUAGACGUGACGAAAACGCCAGAAUGUCCCUUUAGAAUGCUCCUAUCAAGGUUUCUUGGCUGUGAAUGUUUAGCGAUAUCUUCAGUAAUGGAGCUUAUUGUAUUCCAACACCAGUGCCACUGCACCUGAUGGCAGUUACUGGUGAAACCCUGAAAUGUUUGAGCCAUUGUUAUUUCAGUAAACUUUAUGGAAAUCUAUUGUUGCUAAUAGCAACAAUGCUUCUGCAAUCACCUAAGCAUUCAGAAUUGAUCCAGUCUGACAACAGUCCCGUGGUCCGUUCUAAUACAUAGACUGAAGUGUUUCAACUUUAUCAGUGAAAUGCUCCUACAUUACAAGGAAUUUCCAGUAUAUAUACAAGACUGUAUUGAGGAGCCUGGUGAGACAGUGGGCAGUGUCCGCUGAGAAAGUACUGGCUUGUGGUGGAGGUAUGGUUUUAAGAUGUAACCGUUUUUUGAUAACCUUUUAUCAAAUAUAAACAUACACUUCAUGCUGAUUAUCCAAACAGCCGAAGAGGACAUGCCUUUUAUAGGUUUUAGACAAACAGCCGAAGAGGAUAUGUCUUUUAAAGGUUUUAGACAAAUAGCCAAAGAGGAUAUGUCUUUUAAAGGUUUUAGACAAAUAGCCAAAGAGGAUAUGUCUUUUAAAGGUUUUAGACAAAUAACCAAGGAGGGUAUAGUUCUCUCUGAAGAACUAUAUCUCCACAUCCCUUUCAACUCUUUCUGUACAUUUCUGCACAUUUUUUGUCAAAUAUUAAACAUUUGGUGUAUGAAGGUUCCUCGUGAAAUUUGAAAGUGAAAUUUUACAGUAGAAUUAAAGUAAUUCAGUUGUCCAGUGGUUUGAAAGUUCAUUGUUGUUAUAUGAUGAGCUUCACAAGCUGAAUAGAUGAAUAUGAGAGAAAUAGAGAAUUCCUGAUUCACCAGACAGCACUUAGACAAUACAUAAACUGUUUUCAUUUGAUACAUUCUUUUGUUGUCCCUUUUUGCUGUUUCUAACUGCUGUUUAAAUCCCUUUUUUUUGUAAAUCUUAACUUGUUUUGCUAGAAUUUUAUAUCGAAUUUCUAGUACCUUGAAAUUUAUUCUGGCCAAACUGGCCAAAAUAUGAAUAUUCUUCCAUUUCUGUAAGAGGUAGCAAGCUGUCAUUAUGGACUUUUAUCUGAAGGAUGA